AUGUCACCCUCUGUUGAGGCCAGAGAGAGUCAAAUGCCACCGGCCGACUCGCAGGGCGCUACACGGUAUGGUGCCGUAGAUAACUUUGGGGUGACCCUUGGGAAUAUCUCCGGGGACCGCCACGAAAUCAUCGUUCAUAUGCACAACCAUGGCCCGGUAGACAGCUCUCUUCCUUCGUUGGUGAACGAGCUUCGCGCAUUCCUGCGCCGGGGCCGAAACCAAAACCAAAGAAGUGAUGCCGCCUCGAUUGCUUCAGUAAUGACUACAUACGACGAUGAUGACAAACAUGUCUGGCGAGAAUUUCGUAGGGAUCUCAUUAAACUGGGAUUUCGAAGUUCUGAUAUCCGCAAGCACGCCCCUGACCUCAAGGCUCAUCUUCAUGACCUGCGGCAUGACCCAGAUGAAGAUAUAGAAGAAGACUCCGAAGAAUCGCGCAGAUCCACCACUCCAAACGCGCGAAGCUCUCAACUAAACCCGAAUCCCGAACCUACUCAUAGGGAUACGCCGCCAGAGAGAUCUCCCCCAUUGCCCGUGCCUACUGAGUCCCCCGAGAGCAAUGAUGUUGAAUGGGGCUCAGGUUUUGGUCGGAAAAAGCAGUACACACCCCGACGUCGAGGAAGUUUAGCAGAUGAUCAAUGGAGCUCCGCAGCGACUGUACGCGAGCGUAAACCCACACAGAAUCCGAACCCUGCGCCUCGAAAAGAAGCGCGCAAUGCCAAAUCAUCAAGAUCUCAACCUCCAAAGAAAUCUCAAACUGCUGAAGGACCGCUUGUGGAAGCUCGCGAACCCAAACCAUCAAAGUCCCAAUCUAAGCCCCAAAACAAGGGCAGAUCGACGAACAACACACCACCGAAAGAAACUCCCAAGGCGGAUCAACAAGCUGACCUCGAUCCUAAGGAGCUUUUCGAUCAAUUUUUUGCCGGUUUUCCCCCUUCGAACCAGCAGAAUACUCCCCAGCAUCAUCCACAACAGCCAUCUCAUACUACAGGAGAGCCUUACUAUAACACAUAUGGGCAGAAUCCUCAACAACCCCCGCAACAGCCUCCUUAUCGCCCUGCAGAUUCUUACUUUUCAGGAAAUGGCCAGAGUCCGCAGCAGUAUCCGCAAGGACCACAACAGCCAUAUACCCAACAGAACUCGCAACAAUAUCCUCAGCAGCAUUUUCCGUAUUCAUACUACGUGCCCCCAACUACUGCUGCGCCUGACUAUUAUCAACAGACGCAAAGCCCUUUCUAUUCAAAUGACGCCCAGCAAAAUCAUGCACCCCAAAAUCCAUUUAUGGGUGGAAAUCGAACGUAUCAAACUCCACCUCCGCAGCCAUCAUAUGCACAACCUUAUCCAUAUCCGCAACCGCAACCACAACCACAGCCACAGCCACAGUCACAGCCGCAACCACAGCCAGGCCCAACUUACACGCCAACCGAUGAAGGAGCGAAAAAAGCAGAUUAUCCGUUGCCGAAGAUCGAGACAAUAACAUGGAGAGCUCUCUCAAAAGAGGAGCGACAUCCUAUUGAGAAUAUUCCAGUUCUACCAGAGGGGUGGGACUGGCGAAUAGAUGACCGCAAUCGACUAUUUUACGUCGAUACAUACGCAAAAGGCAGAGAGAAACGCUGCUUCUGGCAUCGCCCUGAAGAGGAAGAUGAUGAUCACUUUGAACUUUCAGGAUGGGAGAGAGUUUGCACAGUAUUUGGUCGCAUCUACUGGCUCCACAAAGAAUCGCGAAUUAUCUCUUACCGAUUUCCUAUCCGGUGCGACCAGCUUGGUCUCGAGAAUGGAGAGCUUUAUGUGUUCCAGGGUAGUUGGAAACAUUGGAGAAAAGCCGAUCUCAGCACUUUCAAACUGAAGGAUAAUGAUGUUUAUUGUCAGAUAACACAUGAUGUCUGGGAGAAAGGCUUAUCGGACGAAGCUAUCGUUGUGCGAGGUGAGCUGUGGUGGAGGAACGAUGCUGUCAGAGAAAAGAAUUUGAAGUUAUCUGCAUGGCGACCCGCCGAGGCAGUUCUUAAUGAGAUCAUUCAGUUCACCGAGACUGCAGGGUCAUUAAAUGGGACCCCAUCCUUGAUUGACUCUGAUGGAACACUGCGAAACCCACAGGAGAAUAUUCCCCAGUUUGACGGUCCGGGCAACGGGGUGAACAAGAAGGCGAUUCGAAUUCUUUCAGCGAGGUGA